AUGGUAGAAGUUAUGAAGCUGAAUUACCAGGAUUCCAAUCCUCCAAUCCUAAACCUAGCGAUUAGGAUCUGGGGGUCAGUGAUGUUCAGUGAUGUUUCCAUAGUCUUCUCUCAGGAGGAAUGGGAAUACCUGGACUUGGAACAGAAGGACUUAUACAGAGAUGUGAUGUUGGAGAACUAUAGCAACUUGGUCUCAUUGGGAUGUUUCAUUUCUAAACCAGAUGUGAUUUCCUUACUGGAGCAAGGAAAAGAGCCCUGGAAGGUUGUGAGGAAAGGAAGGAGCCAACACCCAGAUUUGAAGACCAGAUAUGAGACCAAGAAGUUAUUUUCAGAAAAUGGUAUUUAUGAAAUAAAUUUAUCACAAUGGAAGAUAAUGGAAAGAAUGAAAAACCAUGGCCUUAAGGACCUUGUUCUAAAAAAUGAUUGGGAAUACAAAGGCAAAUUUGAAGGACAAGAGGGACCUCAAGAGAAAUGUUUCAAUCAAGUGAAAAUCACUGUUGAAAAAGUAUCUUCUUACCAGAAACAAACAUCUCAUAAUCCACGUCAGAGAAUUAAUUUAGUUGAGAAACCCUAUGAAUGUAAAGAAUGUGGAAAGGCCUUUCGAGUGCGCCAGCAACUCACUUUUCAUCUCAGAAUUCAUACUGGUGAGAAACCCUAUGAGUGUAAGGAGUGUGGGAUGGCCUUUAGAGUUCGGGGACAACUUACUCUCCAUCAGAGGAUUCAUACUGGUGAGAAACCCUAUGUAUGCAAAGAAUGUGGGAAGGCCUUUAGACAAUAUGCACACCUUACUCGACAUCAAAAACUUAAUAUUGCUGACAAACUCUAUGAAUGUAAAGAAUGUGGAGAAGCCUUUUUGUGUGGCUCAGGCCUUAGAGUACAUCACAAAAUUCAUACUGGCGAGAAACCCUAUGACUGUAAGGAAUGUGGCAAGGCCUUCAGAGUGCGACAACAGCUAACUCUCCAUCAGAGAAUUCAUACUGGUGAGAAACCUUAUGAAUGUAAGGAAUGUGGAAAGACCUUUAGUCGUGGUUAUCAUCUUAUUCUUCAUCACAGAAUUCACACUGGUGAGAAACCUUAUGAAUGUAAGGAAUGCUGGAAGGCCUUUAGUCGGUACUCACAACUUAUUUCACAUCAGAGUAUUCAUAUUGGUGUUAAACCCUAUGACUGUAAGGAAUGUGGCAAGGCCUUUAGACUACUCUCACAGCUUACUCAACAUCAGAGUAUUCAUAUUGGUGAGAAGCCCUAUAAAUGUAAGGAAUGUGGGAAAGCCUUUAGAUUGCGCCAAAAACUUACAUUACAUCAGAGCAUUCAUACUGGUGAGAAACCUUUUGAAUGUAAGGAAUGUAGGAAGGCCUUUAGACUUAAUUCAUCUCUCAUUCAACAUCUGAGGAUUCAUUCUGGUGAGAAACCUUAUGAGUGUAAGGAAUGUAAAAAGGCCUUUAGACAACAUUCACAACUUACCCAGCAUCAGAGCAUUCACACUGGUGAGAAACCUUAUGAAUGUAAAGAAUGUGGGAAGGCUUUCAGACUGUAUUCAUUUCUUACUCAACACCAGAGAAUUCAUACUGGUGAGAAACCCUACAAAUGUAAGGAAUGUAAGAAGGCCUUCAGACAACAUUCACACCUUACACAACAUCAGAAAAUUCAUAAUGUAAUUUAA